AUGCCGUUAGUAGGUAGUGGUAGAGGUAGGUUUGAAGAAGCGGUGACAUUUUUUAAUAUGAGAGGUAGAGUAGAAUCGGACUUUACAGAUGAUAUUACUGAGUGCAUUUCUAAACUCUCUGAUACAUUUGUUCUUGUGGUAGACAAAUCAUCUUUCCAAACUCAUGGUGAAACUUUAACUAAAAUAGUUUCUCGUUUCUCGUCUGUUAUAGUAAUUAUAGCAAAUUCGCUGGAAAAAUCGGACAUUACAAAGCUUGAAAAGUUUCGCGACAAUUUACCCUCAAGUCUUUUGAUCAAAGUAGUCAGUACACAUAAGGGUGUCACACAAAUGAAUCCUAAAGAGAUGGUUGCACAAUUACAAAAUAUUUUACCGAGUCAUUUUAGGGAGUACAUUGCAAAAUCAUUAGAUAAUCGUCUCAGUGAAUUGUCACAUCUACCAAAUGACGAGAAGGGACCCGAAUAUAUAAAGGGUAAGGAAAAAGCGCUGGAAAUAUUUCAGUCUAUGACAGAGAUCGGAAAAGAAGGCCAGUGGAAACGUUCUAUAACGCCAGUACAUUAUAUUCAUUCAAAGAGACUUGGAUCCUAUAUCAAAAUGUUGUAUAGAUUAAAAGAUAUAAAAGAAACAUGUAAUGUUGAGGAAAAGAUCAAACAGUUAAGAGAGGAACAGCUCGAACAUAUAUCAGAACCUGUGAAAUUAUUUAUACAGUCAGUAGUUGAUGACAAUGAUUCACCAAGACUGAAACAAUAUUUCUUAAGAUGGCUUUCAAUAUUCUUAGAAAAUGAAAAGAGGAAACAACUGCCCCGUUUGAUUUCUCAAAAUCAAUUGCAACGUCAAAAUGCUGCAGGCUUAAAAAAUAAGACAUCCCCUAACGAUAAAGAGUUAGAAUUACUGUCAAAUGAGAUUGUCAUGUCUCAAGAACUUAUUGAAGACGCAACCCUUGGAAUAGAACAUUUGUUUAGAGAAAUGGGGCACAUAUACGAAGCAUUUAUUGUUUUACAUAAAAGUCCUGGAACAUUUGAACUGCCAUCUGUUGAAACUCUAAUACAAGCAAUGGUUUCCUUUUUAAAUCAAGGACAUACGUUUGAAAUAGUUGACGGGGAUAAUUUUUAUUUACCAAGCAACUGGGUCCGGUCAGUUUUAGAGAAAAUGUCACAAAACAUUAAUAUGAAAAAGGUUCUUACUCUAUCUGUCCUUGGUGUUCAGAGUUCUGGAAAGUCAACGCUCUUGAACUCAUUGUUUGGUUCUCAGUUUCCUGUAAAAUCUGGCCGAUGUACCAGAGGAAUACAUAUGCAGGUUUUACAAAUUUCAUCAAGCAAUAACCUUCCGUUUUAUUAUGUGAUAGUCAUUGAUUCCGAAGGACUAAGAGCUACUGAGUUUAGUUCGAGAGGGCAUAGUCACGAUAACGAAUUGUCAACUGUAAUAGCGGGCCUAGGAGAUAUUACUCUAGUUAACGUAAUGGGUGAAAACACCACUGAAAUUCGAGACAUUGUACAGGUUGUUGUGCAUGCAUUUCUCAAGUUGAAACUUGUAAACAAACAACUAGAUAUCGGCAAAAUGUUCUACUUAGUACAUCAAAACGUGAUGGAUAUUUCUGCCCCGGAUAACAUGAGGACUGGGUUACAUGUUUUAAUGGAAACCCUUGAUCUUGCUGCAAAAGACGCUGGAGAAAUAGAGGGUACAAAGGAAAUAACAACAUUCCGUCAAGUUAUUGACUUUGAUAUAAAUGCAAAUGUAUGGUAUCUGCCGAAUUACUGGCAGGGAAAUCCACCUAUGGCUAGAGUCAACUCAGAUUACAUCGAACGUAUUUUUGAUCAUAGGUAUAAACUACUUGAGAAAGCAUUGGCCUGCACAGAUAAGUCAUACAAAUCUCUAAAUGACAUUGCUCUUCAUAUGCAAGACCUGUGGAAAGGCGUGCUGACUGAGGACUUUGUAUUUUGUUUCAGAAAUAGUCUUGAAAUUAAAGCUUACAUCCAAAUGGAAGAAGCCUUAAAAGAUAUUCUUAUCAAGUUUGAAAAUGUCAUCGAAAACGAACAUGUUAUAACUUCUCAAAAACUAUUUUCUGAAUGUAUUCAUCAAAACCAAGUACAGAAUGCAGCAGAUAAGCUAAUAAAACAAAUGCGUGAUGUUCUGACGGAAAAUGUGUCGGAUGCAAUAAUCGAAAUGAAAGAAUAUUGUGAGAAAAAUGAUUAUAAAGAAACUAUUUUACAGUGGGAGGACUUUGCAAUAAAUCGAAUAAAGUCGCUUAGUAAUGAAUUAGAUGAUAGAAUCAAGAGAGAAACAGUUCGUUUAAGAGACAGAGCAUGUGUGGAAUUAACAAUUAAAGAAAAAAGCUUACAGCACGAAGCCGAACUGUAUGAAAAAUCGUUGCAGGUUGCAAAAACUAUUAAAGGUGAAUGCCUUCACAUGGAAGAAAUUGAAAAUAAAUUUGAACAAACGUGGGAAAUUAUAAGCCGUGAAAUAAUUAACUUUGGAGCUUUGCAAGAUGCCCCUGAGUCGCUAAGUGAUAAUUUCGAAAAAUGUCUAUUUGACAUAUUCAAUACAGAGAAACUUAUAUUAAAAUCAGAGUUGCAAAAGCAGACAGUAUGUCACAAACCAGGAGGUAAGUGUGAGGAUCAUUUUUCUUGCACGUCUGUGUUUCGGGAUAUGAAAUCACUAACUCGGUCGUUCAGCUCAUCUGGAAUUGAUUUGGAUGACAUCAGCUUUUCAACUGAAAUUUACCUGGAAGAAAAUGAUGCCAAACUUUUACGUGUAGAAAAGGUAGCUGACAAUAUAUUUGAAGAAAUAGACACGACAGUUGAUAACUGCUUGACAGACAGGGACGAAGUUUCAUACAGAGAAGUCAGGCGUGUUCUGCUAAAAGCCCACAAAGAAAUGCUACAAACGCAAACCCAAAAUGUUGGCUUUACUUUCAAAAUAACAGGUGUUGUAAAACUGUGCCUUCAUGUGAGUUAUUUUGCUUAUGCCCGAUUUAAAGCAUACAAUGCCGAAUAUGCAAAAAACAAUGGCAUACUUGCAAAGCUUGAUAAAUACAAAUGUCAAGUAAGAGAACAAUUUAUUGCUUACGUGAAGGACCGUAAAGCUGAAGAAGCUGCCGCUAAGCAGAUCAUUGCCAUUUUGGAAAAUGUUUUGUGGGAUAAAAUAAAAGAACGCCUUCAUGUGACUAUCAAGACCGCUCUUAAGCAAAAUUUGCCCCAGUUGAAGUUCCAUUUAAUAAUAGAAGUUUUGGAAGAUAUGGCAAAUGCUGACGAUUUUGAAUCAUUUGUCAAGUACAUAAAGAACCCCAGAAAGUUUGUAAAACAGUGGAUGAAGAGAAAAGCGGAAACAUACCUGUUUGGUUCAAACAUGGUGAAUUUUUCACAACUGGCCACGGGUAUUAUAAAUGAAUUUUACGAUGACAUUAAACGAAGUGUAGACAAAAGUUGUGAUUUGUUCAGAACUGAGAACCCUUCAACAGAAAAAUGGAUAGAAAUAUUCACAAAACAUUUUUCGAAAUGUGCUAUUAGUAAAUCAGAAUUCCAGAAUGUUACAAAAUUUCUUUGUCAGAUAGAAGACAUAAGAAAUUUUAGCAGUAUUCUGAUUGAAAAUCUCAACGUUUCCGUUGAAAAUGUGAAACAGAAGUCAAAUAACCAAGCCAAAAUAAUCGUAAAAUUCACCGGACCUGAUAGCCCCUUGAAAUCCUUGUUUAAACAAGCAUGGGGCUGUCCUGAUCAAUGUGCCUUUUGUGGGGAGCCGUGUGCCAAAGGUUUUAGUCAUAGUGGAACUAAUCAUUACAGUUUGCAACAUAGAAUAUCAUGUUGUAGCGGAGCACGGGAGGACUAUACACAUAAAGCUUCCAUAACUUCUUGUAAUUUCAAUGUGCAGUCUGAGCAAAUGCACCAUUGUGAUCUUUUUGGUUUCCGCUGCAAUCCACCUCAAAAUAUGAAACCCUGCGAAUUGAAAUGGCACAAUUACAAAGACUAUAAAGAUUUUAUCCCAGACUGGGAUAUAGAACCAAACGCUAAUAUGUCUGAUUGCUCGAAGUUCUGGAUGUGGUUUGUUGCAACUUAUAAAUACCAGUUGGCAGUUGAGUACCGGUAUGAUAUAUCAUAUAUACCUGAUGCGUGGGAUGACAUUACAAAAGCGGACGCUCUGGCAAAUCUUAGGAGGAUAUACACCACAUAA